AAACGCUCAACGAGCCAGUGAACAUUAAGCGGAGCAGACCAAAAUCCCAAACAAGGAAAUGGUGGGGGAAUAAAGCGAUCAGAUUAUUUAAUUAAUGCACGUAAUAAUUAAUAUUUUAUUUUAUCCUAAAUUAAGAAGUAUUUAUGGGUCGCGAUGGACUACGACUUCAAAACGAAGCUCGCCGCGGAGAGGGAGAGAGUGGAGGAUCUGUUCGAAUAUGAAGGUUGCAAAGUGGGUCGCGGCACCUACGGGCAUGUUUAUAAAGCCAAGCGCAAAGACGGGAAGGAUGAGAAGGAGUACGCUCUAAAGCAGAUUGAAGGCACUGGAAUAUCGAUGUCUGCCUGCCGGGAAAUUGCGUUACUAAGGGAGCUGAAGCACCCGAACGUCAUCGCCCUGCAGAAAGUGUUCCUGUCUCACAGUGAUCGCAAAGUGUGGCUUCUCUUUGACUACGCUGAACAUGACCUGUGGCAUAUAAUAAAGUUCCACCGGGCGUCCAAAGCCAACAAGAAGCCAAUGCAGCUGCCCAGAAGCAUGGUCAAGUCUCUACUGUACCAGAUCCUGGACGGCAUCCAUUACCUCCACGCUAACUGGGUCCUGCAUCGAGACUUGAAACCUGCCAAUAUCCUGGUGAUGGGGGAGGGCCCGGAGCGAGGGAGAGUCAAAAUUGCGGAUAUGGGUUUUGCGCGCCUCUUUAAUUCUCCUCUGAAGCCUUUGGCUGAUCUGGACCCAGUGGUGGUCACCUUCUGGUAUCGGGCGCCUGAACUGCUACUGGGAGCGCGACACUACACCAAAGCAAUCGACAUCUGGGCGAUAGGCUGUAUCUUUGCAGAGCUGCUGACGUCAGAACCGAUAUUCCACUGUCGUCAGGAGGACAUCAAAACCAGCAACCCCUUCCACCACGACCAGCUCGAUCGCAUCUUCAGCGUCAUGGGCUUCCCUGCAGAUAAAGACUGGGAAGACAUCCGAAAGAUGCCAGAAUAUCCAACCCUACAGAAAGACUUCAGGAGAACAACGUAUGCCAACAGCAGCCUCAUCAAGUACAUGGAAAAGCAUAAAGUAAAGCCAGACAGUAAAGUCUUUCUAUUGCUCCAGAAACUUCUAACCAUGGACCCCACCAAAAGAAUCACAUCUGAACAAUCACUGCAAGACCCCUAUUUCCUGGAGGAACCCUUACCCACGUCAGAUGUCUUUGCAGGUUGCCAGAUCCCGUACCCCAAACGUGAGUUCCUCAAUGAGGACGAACCUGAGGAGAAGACAGAGAAGAACCAGACACAGCAGCACCAGCAGACGGCUGCGCAGACGCAAGCUCAGACACAAACACAGACGCAGCAGGCUCAGUCCCAGCAAAGCUCGGCUCAGACCAAUGGCACGUCGGGGGCCACAGGGGGCAACACAGGCCCCUCGAUUCAGCAUGGCCAGGACCAGGGGCCUCCAAACAAAAAGCCCCGCAUCGGGCCCUCAGGGGCCACCUCAGGAACAAACGUCCUGCAGUCAGACUACCAGCACUCCGGUUCGCGCCUUGGUUACCAAAGCAACGUCCAGGGCUCCACCCAGUCACAGAGCACUAUGGGAUAUUCGUCUUCAUCUCAGCAAAGCUCACAGUACUCUCAUCAGUCUCACCGCUACUGAGACACACUCCUGCAUGCACACAAACAUGCACAUACAUACACAGAGAAAUACACUUACAAACCCACAAGCACAUGUACACAGGUCUUGCUGCCAUUCUUCCUGCACUUCUGUGAUCCAUCUGCCCUCUACUUCUUAUUUAAUUUUUCAGCCUUAAGUUGUCAUCGCAGGAUUUACAGUACCAGUCAAAAACUCUUGAGGAAUUCCAGGUGGUGCAACUGUCUAAGUGAUGGUCCACCAUCAGGAGAUUCUAGUUUAGAGUCUAGUUUGAGGAGUCCCAAAGAGCACCAUUAGCUCCUGGCUCUAUUUGGGUGGAGAGGAUUGCCCCUUUAGUUUAGUUUAACCCGAUUAGUUAGCAUGAUGCUAGCCAGUGCGGGUAUCUGUUUGCUCAUGUAUAAAAGCACCAUUCUCUGGAUAUUAAGCUGUACAGUAAUGGCAACCGUUUGUUGGCUUCCCAUAAUUCACUGGGAGUCAAUGUUGGCCUUCAAUCCCCCCAGAACUGACAGUAUCAUGUUGUGGAGGACUCCCAGAUGUAGAUGUAUUGUUUUGGCAUUUAAACAGUAAUAAUAAUAAUGACAAUAAUAAGAAGAAGAUAUAGAAAAAGAAGAAGCCUUAAAAACAAAUACUCUAAUUACACUAAAUAGAUGUGUCCAGGCUUUUGACUGGUACUGUAUACUAUGUCCUGACAGCAUUACAGUAUUAGCAGUAGCCUCCUGCACUGCCCUCACAGUCCUGUAUCACAGCUGCAAGAUGUGAUAUCUGGGCCUACUGCUUCUGCCGUCAUAAACUCCGCCCACCCAUAAGCUCCACCCCCCACAUUUGACUUUAGAAUCUACUGAAGCAGUGCUCUCGAUUGUCUGUUCAGUUCACUUCUGUUUUUACUUGCUCCAACACACGAUGAAGUCUGCAAAGAUCUGACCAAUCAGUAGCAGGGCAGUGGGUUACACAAUUAGAACACAAAUGUGGUUUUCUGGUGUUUUUGGCAUUUGAAUCUCAAUUCAGCUUGUAAAUAUACUUUAUUACUAGGUAUGUACUAAAUAAUUAUGCAAAAGAGUGAAAUGGUGUAAUUAUGUUUAUAGUAUUUACAUAUCAUUUUUACU